CUUGUUCUGGGGACCUAACUAAAGAGAAAUCAAUCCCUUCAAACAAAACGACACUAUACACUUUAGAUUUCAGAAUUUUUUUUUCUUUUUCUGUCAAUCUCAGGAUAUUUUCUCGAGAAAAUUCCGAUAGAAAAAGAGAAAGAGAGAAAGAAUGGAGUCGACGCCGGUGAAUUGGGAAGCUCUAGAUGCUUUGGUCAUCGAUUUCGCCAAAUCUGAGAACCUAAUCGAAGACUCCUCUGCGCCCUCUCCAUCUUCAUCCCCUUCCUCCUCCUCUUACCACUCCAGGCUCGUCAUCCGCCAGAUCAGGCACUCCUUGGAGACCGGCGCCAUUGACGCCGCCGUCGAUCUCCUCCGCCUCCAUGCCCCUUCCAUCCUCCACGAUCACAGGAUUCUCUUCCGCUUGCACAAGCAGAAAUUUAUUGAGCUUCUUCGGAAGGGGACGACGGAGGAUCGCGACUCUGCUAUUGAUUGUUUGAGGACAGCUCUUGCUCCUUGUGCACUCGAUGCUUACCCGGAAGCAUAUGAGGAAUUCAAGCAUGUUCUGCUCGCAUUUAUAUAUGACAAGGAUGAUAAGAGUUCUCCGGUGGCAAAUGAGUGGUCAGAAAGGAGGAGGUUUGACUUAGCCGGGUUUAUGUCCUCUAUGUUAAGAGCCCAUUUAAAUGCCUAUGAUCCAGUUUUUUCAAUGGCUCUGAGAUAUUUGAUAAGUAUACACAGGGCAUAUUGUUUACGUCAAGGUAUUACAUCACCCAUCUCUGAUCUGACUGAAAGAUUGCUUCUUGAGGAGCGUGACCUGCCUGCAACACCUCAAGACAUUUUAUAUGAAGUACCACCAUUUGAUGAGGUUGACAUACAGGCUCUUGCACAUGCUGUAGAGCUUACCAGACAAGGGGCAAUUGAUAGCUUGAGAUUUGCUAAGGGUGAUCUGUUUCUGGCAUUUCAGAAUGAAUUAUGUCGGAUGAGAUUGGAUGUUCCACUUCUUGACCAUCUUGUUCGGGAGUAUUGUGUUUAUCGAGGCCUUGUUGAUUCUGCAUUUGGGAAGCAACCUAUUUCAGAACCUUCAAAAUUCAACCACCAAGAGCCUGGUUAUUGCUCAUCAAGGGAUUGUUCUCUUGAGCUUGAUUGUAAUGCCAGCAAGCAUUCUGAUGGUGAAACUUCUGUUACCAAUGCUCACAUGGACGGUUCCCCUGAUAAUAAUGCUGAUGUUACAAGCAUGCGAAGAAUUGAUUUUGAAGUACGAUAUGCUUCUGAACUCACUAGCAUUAAUGAAGAUUGUAGCACCAGUGGAUCGCAGCAACUUGAAAAUCCGAAUGUUUUGCAACGAAACAGAUUUCCUGGAAAUGGAGAAAGAAGCAAGCGCAAGCGGUGGAGAGGACGAUAUGAUGACAAUAGUUACAUGCCCAAUGCUUCUUUGGAUGAGCACUGCAAGCAAGAGCAUAGCAUAAGUACCGUUGUUUCAACUUUAUCAAAGGAAAAACAGGGCCCUGAAAAGCUUUCGGUUCUUGAUGUCAGUGAUGUGGAAGAUAAAUAUGAGAUUCUCUUGGGAAUGAAGGAAUUAGCUAGCAAAGGAAUGGCUGCUGAAACAGUUGAAGAAGUCAAUGUUAUCGAUCCCAAUUUCUUUGUCCAGAACUCUGUUUUACUCUUCCAACUCAAGCAGGUUGAAUUCCUCAAGUUGGUCAGCUCUGGUGAUUAUAAUGCUGCUUUGAGGGUUGCUUGCUCCCAUUUGGGUCCUUUAGCUGCUAGUGAUCCUGCUUUAUUAAAGCCGUUGAAGGAAACUCUCUUGGCUUUACUUCGACCUAAUGAAGAUGCUCUUGGAAAUGCAUUACCUCUACAUGCUCUAGCUGCUUCUCUCCAGGUUGCAGUUGGUAGGAGGCUUGGUGUUGAAGAACCACAGCUCAUGAAAAUAAUGCGAGCCACUCUUUAUACUCAUAAUGAGUGGUUUAAACUUCAAAUGUGCAAAGAUAGUUUUGAAGGUCUUUUGAGGAUUGGUUCCUUGAAGGAAGUUAAUAUUCCCUUCCUUGCUCCAGUAUCUACGGCCAAGUCAUGUGCUGAUAGCUGCACUAAUGGAUCUUCUCAGGCUACAGUAUCAUCAGGAACCAGAAUGUCAGAAGAUGGUAGCAGUCCAACUCAAGUGUCGUCAAGGGAUGUCAUCAGUGACGAAGGUGCAAUACUCAAAGUAAUGGAGUUUUUGGCUUUGCCUAGGGCCGAUGCUAUCCAUCUGCUUGCACAAUACAACGGAAAUGCGGAGACAGUCAUUCAGCAGAUAUUUGCCUAGUCGUUGUGUAUCAAAAUCGAGUCUGCUAUUUUGAAGAAAGGCCAUAUUAUUAUUUUUUUAAUAUUAUAUUAUUUGAUUCAAAUUUGUGAAUUUUUCUAACACAUGUACAGAUAGAUGCAAAGAGAGAGUCUGUGUUGUUCGAAAUCUGAAUUGACAUAAACUUAUCUCUGUACAGAAUCUCUUUAUUUUUUAUCCUCUCAUUUUUAAUAUGAGAAAGCUGUAAUUAAUAAAAUAAUUAUUGG